AUGGCAACCAUCAGCAUCAAUGAUACAUCGAUGGCAUUUCGAUGCGUAGAUCCCAUUGAAAGCACAAAUGAUGAAGGAGUUAGUGCUCUUAUUCUUGACAAUUCGAAGUCCUUAAAACAUCGAGUUCCUAUAUGCGUUAGUUCGAUUGCAAAGAACAUUGCUCUUAUUGAUCCAUCUCCUAGAGCGAGUGUUAAUAUGGAAAAUCAUAAUCAAUCAUGCACGACUGUUCCACAAAUAGCUCCUGGGCCAAGUUUAUGCAUGGGAGGUCCUAGUCAUAAUAAAACUUUUUUUCCCCCAACAAAUCUCCCGCAUGAUGAUGGGUAUGAGUAUGAGCCUUAUGUCAAUGAUGAUCCGGUUGCCCAUUUUGGUGAUAAUGAUGAAAGAGUUGAGGGGUGCAGUAGUUCUGAUGAUAACUCAGAGGAUCGGCUGUCGAUGCUACAUGUGGUUCAAGUAGAUAAUUUAAAUAUGCGACCAUUGCCAAGAUGUCAAGAAAGCCAAGGACGGAGGACUGCUGGCUCAGAGAGCAGUCGUCCAACUACACAAGAUGAUGGAAAUAGAUGCAGUUCUCUAGAGUAUACUGCUGAAGAUAUCCCAUGCCCCUCUUAUGUUAUCCCCACGUUAUCUGGGGUGAGUUGUGGAGUAAUAGAAGUUGGGAAGGUUUUUGAGAACAAGUUAGAGUUGAAGACGAAGGCACACUUGUAUGCAAUGAAGCAGAACUUUGAGUUUGUGGUGAAGAAGUCAGGUACUGAAGUUUGGUAUAUCACUUGCAAGGAUCUUGAUUGUGGGUGGAGAUUGAGGGGGAGGAGAAUUACUAAAUUUGAUAUGUUCGAGAUAACUCGUUUCACCAACAAACACACUUGCUCACUUGACCUCCGACAUAAAGGCCAUUGCCAAGCUGCACCUUGGAAAAUUCCUGGGACGUUGACAGAUUUUGUCACUGAGGAAGAUCGAUUCAAAUAUUGCUUUUUAUCACUCGGAGUUAGUAGAAGAGGGUUUCGUACACGUCGUCCUGUGUUAUGUGUGGACGACACUUUUUUAAAAACAAAAUACGGUGGGCAGAUGUUAUGUGUAGUCGCACUGGAUGCAAAUAACCAUCUAUAUCCAGUUGCAUUUGGUAUUGUGGAUAGUGAGAAUCAUGAUUCUUGGAAGUAUUUCAUGUCAAAGCUAAAGGAAGCGAUUGGGGAAGUUGAGGACCUGGCGUUUGUAUCUGACAGGCAUGCAAGUAUUACACAUGCCUUGGAAACUAUUUUCCCUGAUGCCUAUCACGGUGCUUGCUACCACCACAUUAGUAUGAAUGUGGUUGCUAAAUUCAAGACUGAUCAUUGUCAUGUGUUGAUGUAUAAUGCGGCAUAUGCUUUUAGGAAAUUCGAGUUCCACGCUAACUUCGAAAAAAUCAAAUCGAAAGACCCAGCCAUUGCUCAAUACCUAGAAGGCAUGGGUUUUGAUAAGUGGUCCCGUGCUUACUUUCCUGGAAAUAGGUAUAAUAUAAUGACAAGCAAUUACGCUGAAAGUUUCAACAAUAAGACCCGGGACGCUAGGAGCUUUUCGAUAACUACAUUCGUCGAAUUUAUUCGCUUCACACUGCAGUCCUGGUUCUGUGAUAGGAGAGAAACUAGCGAGAAGACAACUACAACUCUUGCACUGACCUAUGAGAAAAAUUUGGUGGAUAUGGCUGAGAAAGCUCAAUUCUUGAUCCCUUAUGCAAUAGGGAGGCGUGAGUUCCAUGUGUUAGAUGGUGAGCUGAAUGGUGAAGUCGACCUCCUGAAUAAGACAUGCACAUGUGGCAUGUUUCAGAUUAUUGGUAUCCCAUGUGCUCAUGCACUAUCUGGAUCCCUUAAGUGA